AUAUAAAACAAAGUGAAGAGGGCACCUGCAUCUUUUUGAAGCUCUAUUACAAGAUAAUAUCUGUAUAAGUGAAACCUUAAUGUCAAUAAAGUCAUGCGUUUUAAAUAAAGCUGUAGUUUUUGAUCUUACAAUCUUAUUAAAUUAAUUAUAUGAUAAAAUUACAUGAUCAUUACAUUGUAAUUGGUUAGUGAUAUCAUUGAUUAACAUGGUUGCAACAAAGGAUACUGUUUUUCCUUCGGACGAAGAAUUAAAUGUACAAGAAAUAAAUGUUAGCUGGCCGGCUUUGCAAGCUGCUUCUGUCUAUGUUGGAAAGAAAUGUGAAUGGCACAAUAAUGAGUUCAUGUUAUGUAAAAAAGAAUUGCACGACCCUCGAAAGUGUAUCAAUGAAGGAAAAAAUGUAACUGCUUGUGCAAUAGAAGUAUUUCAGGGUAUUAAAAAACAUUGUCAAAGUGAAUUUAAUAGCUAUUCAACAUGUCUUGAAAGAUCAACUGGUAGUAUGGAACUUAAUGUGUGCAGAAAGACACAAAAGGUGUUUGAUGAUUGUGUUUUGAAGAACUUAAAUAUAGAAAGACCAUCUUUUGGAUAUUUUUGUGAAGCUAAGGUACAUGACUCACCGAGACCAAAACCAGAAGAACCUAAACCGGAUUAUCCAGAUGCUACACCUAAGAUGGUGCGUCGUCCAUAUCGUCCACCAAAUUAUGGUUACAGAAGUUACUGGUCAAACUAAUUUGUUAGUACUGCUGUAAAUCUGUUUUCUAGUUAAUAUAUCUAUCGUAAACAUAUA